UUCAAAUCCAGGACUUCUCCCGUGAGAAAGUGGGCGUUAACAAUGCUUCGCUCACAUAUGGAAAAAUGCGAUGCGGCCAGGGCGCAGUUAGAUGAAUGGUAUGAACAUAGAACAAAGGUUGAGGCGGAGCUGUCCAAGUUAGCAUGGCAGUUCGAUAAUUGGGGACUAGAUUCUCGGAUGGAAUCACUUGCGCUGCAGUCGGUGGAAUCGCGUGGUGCCCCAGCCGGUGCAAUAGUUGGAGUUUGCGAUGGUCCUGGAGUGGCAAAUGGUCAAGUUCCUGGCGAAGCAACAGCUACACAGUCCAAGAAGGCUGGAGUCGCUGUAAAUGAAGACAUCAAGAGACGCAUGGACAUCGUUUUGGGACUUAUAGAGCAUGAUAGGAUCCUAACAGACAAGCUUUUCAAAUCCAUCAUAGCACUCCAGACAAACGAAACAGUUCUUGCGUUUAAAAUCCAGUGUGUUUUUGGUGGAGGAUGUGAUUUCAUGUCGGCGGGACUUGGUACCAGCGGCAACAUGAUGGACGAUAUGAUUCGUCUCGCUCAAAAAAUAAAGUUACCCAUCAUCAUGGAUAUCGUGUCUGCGCUGACAUUUGAUUUACCCUGGGAUCUUGCCGGAGUUGUCAAGGGUAUUAAGGAUCUUGCUGUCGAAGAUUUCCGUACUCAUUCCGAAGCUGCCAUCCAUUUUCACAUAUAUGUCAACUGCGCGAAAAAACAACGUGAGGGAGUGCGUUCCUUGAUGCUGGAAUAUUUGGCGAAUUAA